AUGAACAUUCUAAAUUUCGGCCCUCUUCUCCGUCUUCUUUUACUCUUUUCACAUCUCUCAUGUUUUGAUAUCGUUGUACCGGUAUCUGCAAAAGGAGAAACACGGAAUGUCACAACAAAAGAUUUACCACCUGGUUGGGAUUCUCAUGUUAUGAGCACUCUUAGGGAGUUCAGAACUCGAAAAAAGAACUGUUAUUCAUUAGAUGUUGAUCACAAAGCUGAAGAUAGUAGCACUUCAGUUGAACGGGUCCUUCUUCGAGCUAGUUUCUUCUAUGGAAACUAUGACAAUAAAUCUACUCCCCCGAGUUUCCAUCUUCAAAUCAAUGGGAACAAUUGGACACGAGUUGUAACAUCGAUGGACCAAGUCGUAUAUCAAGAAAUGGUUUAUUCAUUAAACAGUAAAAACAGUACUAUAACGGUAUGUCUUAGCCAAACUCAUGUUGAUAAUCUUCCAUUUAUAUCGGCUCUCGAAGUAAGAAGUUGGGAUUCAGAUAUUUACAGUAAUUACACUGAUCCAAAUUAUCCUUUGUUUUUCAAUGAGAGAACAGCUUUUGGUAUCAGCAGAACUGUAAGGUUUCCUGAAGAUAGUUAUGGUAGAAUUUGGGCUCCUGACAUCGAUGAUCGUCUGGAACCAACUACGGUUAAGGUUAGAAGUAACUCAACAUCCAUUAAAGUGAACAUCCACGAUAACCCUCCCGAGAUUGUAAUGAGGACUUCAGCAGUGAAUCUGAACUCGUCUGCGAACAUAACUCUUUAUGGCAGCACAGUUGUUGAAGUACCUUUCCAUAUAAAUCUAUAUUUUUCAGAAGUGAUGGUAUUAAAUUCUACUCAGAAACGAUCAUUUAAUAUCAUAGUUAACGACGGUUAUACUUCUCGCGAUGGGACUUUUCAAAAGUAUGGCCCUGUGGUUCCACCUUACGGACGUGCUUUGGAAGUCCGCAUUAAAAAUGUGAUUACUGGUAUUCUUGGUUGGUUUAAAAUUGAAAUUGUUCCGACAGAUGAUUCAACUCUUCCUCCACUAAUCAACGCCUAUGAAGAAUUUUAUAUCGGUGAUAAAUUAGUUCAAGGAACCAAUUCAGAUGAUGGUUGGACUGGUGAUCCUUGUUUGCCUUCACCAUUUACUUGGGAUUGGGUUGCUUGUGAUUCUGAUGCUAACUCUCCUCGAGUUAUAGUACUAUAUCUCAAUGGCCUUGGAUUAACAGGAAGCCUGCCUGAUUUUAGUGCUAUGGAUGCUCUAGAAACCAUAGAUUUCAGCAACAACCGUUUGACACAAGAAAUUCCUGAGUUUCUUGGCACAUUGUCUAAGCUCAGUAUAUUGUAA